AUGGACCGAGGAGGGAUGAAGCACCGGGAGGGUCGCCCGGAGAUGAGCGGCUACAGCGUUUAUGAGGAGGAGAACGACAGACUGACCGAGAGCCUCCGCCUCAAAGCGAACGCCCUGAAGUCACUUUCCAUUGAUAUUGGUACAGAAGUGAAAUACCACAAUAAAGUACUGGGAGAGAUGGAUUCGGACUUUGACUCCACAGGCGGUAUCCUGGGCUCCACGAUGGGCCGACUGAAAACCCUCUCCAGAGGCAGCCAGACCAAACUUCUUUGCUACAUGAUGCUUUUUGCUUUUUUUGUCUUCUUUGUCAUUUAUUGGUUUGUGAAGCUUAGGUGA